CAAUUGAUUUACCACAAGUUGGCUGAACAAAAUGGCUACGUAUGGUGACGAGUCGAUAGAUAGCUAUCUUUACUCAUCUUAUAACCCUUACUCGUGUAGGUAUCUCAAUCCGAAAUCGAGGGGCGUCAGUUGGAGGCAUAAAAAUUACCUGGCGAAUUAUGGUGACGCGGAGACUUACUUCGACAACCAACAGAGAGCACAGUUAAAAUCAAUCCUCUCCCAGAUCAACCCCGACCUCACACCGAGGCUCCGGAAGGCCAACACCAAAGAUGUCGGGGUACAGGUAAACCCCAAGACCGACGCUUCCGUGCAGUGUUCACUGGGUCCUCGAACCCUCUUGGCCCGGAAGCGGGAAGCUCUUCGGCGCAAGCAGGAGAACCAGUCGUUCGGAAGUCCCAGCUCUGUUCGCUAUCCCCGGACCCUCGGCGUUUACUCGCCCAUCGCCUCCCGGAGGCUCAUCUCCUUCACGGAGCCGGACCAAGAGGAGGAGGAUCCGACCCCCGCCGGGGAACCGCCUGAACCUGGGGAGAAAUGCGCGGGUCAUGGGGGAGAGGAUAAGGCCGCAGCGGAAGACGACCCCGGAAAGACAACCGAGGCAAAGGCUAACCCCGAAAAAGGUGUCGACGCAAAGGAAGAGCAGUCGAGUGAAUCCGAGAAAAAUCCCGAAGAUGUAACAAAAUCCAAGGCGCGUGUGAGGUUUCAGUUCUUGGAGCAGAAGUACGGCUACUACCACUGCAGGGACUGCAAUCUCCGGUGGGAGAGCGCCUACGUCUGGUGCGUCCAGGGAACCAACAAGGUUUACUUCAAACAGUUCUGUAGAACGUGUCAGAAAGCAUUUAAUCCGUAUCGCGUGGAGGACAUCACCUGUCAGGCAUGCAAACGAGCACGCUGCACGUGCCAGGUGACGCUACGCCACGUGGACCCCAAGCGGCCUCACAGACAGGAUCUCUGCGGCCGGUGCAAAGGCAAGCGGCUCUCGUGCGACAGCACCUUCAGCUUCAAGUACAUCAUCUGA